GAGUCAUCGUACUAGAGCUACUUUGACAGAUGGAACGCAUUGUUUACCGAAAAGUGCAAAGCAUUCAACACAGUAAAAAAAAAAACCAAAUAGGAAUAUUUUGGUCGGUGUAAAAUUUCUUGUUCAAACGAUAAAAAUGAAAAUCGAAGUAUAGACACACGGGAAAUCGAAAAAUGAUAUCUUCCAUAUUAAUAAUCACACUGAUUGUCGCAUUGGUUUUCCUCAAUCGAUACGAUGAGGUUUCCGCAAUCAAUCAUUGGGGCAUUUCAGAUGGAUCAAUUGAGCCACAGGUUGAUUCAAUUUUUUAUUUACGGCGACCCGAUGACUUAGUUGCAUUUCUCAAUCAAUUCGACUAUCGACAAACAAUCAAUACGAUAAAUGCACAACUAUUGUCACUGCAAUUGGAAAUCACCGAUAAGGUGCAACAAUCGACUUUCUUCCAAGUUGAAAUUAUGUCACACACCGAAUGUCUUAUCUAUUAUUCACUGAAAGAUGACGAUAUGUACAGCACGCUAAAGGACAAAAAAUACUUCAAUCGAAUCAACACAAAACGAAUGAUAACCAAAAGUAAUGAUUUGAAACGUGGCAAUGAUGUGUAUCCCGUGUGUGACGAUGUGCCAUUUAGUAUGUCGUGUUUUGAGCACUUGAACAGCAUGAUCAAUCGAAGGCGAUUACAAAUGAAUGCCGAAGUGUCAUUGCAUGCGGACGAGAUUGGUGUGUUGAAGGAUAGUUUUGUGAAAAUGAUCAAAUUUGGUCUUGCUCAAGAGCAAUUGUCGUGGAAGUAUCCGGUUUUGGCAUCAUAUUUCUGGCGAGCACGAGGCAACGCAAAACGUGCUGUUGAGUGUGCCCGUCGUGCGAUUUAUUUGGCGCCACGCAAAUAUCAGGACAUUCCACUAUUGAGUCUAGCCACCAUACUACAACGGGCUAACAAAAGCCAAGAUGCUCUGGUCGUAAUGCAAAGUGCAUUCAAUCAUGCGCCCGAUGUUUUUGAAAAUCAAAUUGGCCUUGGGAAUGCACAAUUUUUAGCAUCCGAUUUUAGCGGCGCGUUGAAAACAUUCAAAAAUGCCGUCACACUUGAUUCACAAUUCAACGGUCGAUUGGAAUUCAUUCAGAAAUCAAUGUCGUGCUUUAAAACAAUUAAACAAAAAUUAAACGAAUUUCAACAUCAAGUGGACGAAAUAUUUGGUCUGCUCAAUAAUUAUAAACGAAAUCAAACAAUGCUUGAGGAGUAUUUGAAUCGGGUGCUAAGCGAACAAGUACCGAUCGCAAAUCGUUUGGCCGAUCCAUCGUUUGACGUGUAUUCACAUCAUUUAUUGCAUCGCGGUCAAUAUUGUAAAACCAAAGAAAUGCCUGAUUCCAAGGAACCCAUACUAUUUUGUGAUUUUUACACAGACUUACAGUCACAACUACAGAAAGAAGACUUAAUUGUUGAUAUUGUUCAUCAUUUUGCUGAAGCAGCACCAAAAUUCAUUGACAAUUUUUCGUUGGGCGUCUAUCGAUAUUUAAACAUCGAAGAUUUUAAUGAAAAUGACAAUGGCGGAAAACCACCGUCACCACCGCCGCCAUCAUCAUCAACAGAUAAUACGAAAAAAGAUACACAAACCACCACGCGCACAACAACCGCUGCCAUUGACGCCGAUGUACCGUUAAAUUUUGACAUGAAACAAUAUGAAGUUUUAUGACAAAAGAUUCUUGCAUGAUAAGUUGAACAAAUACAUUACCUCAGUUCAUUGUUCGCUGCCAAUGCAGAGCUGACUCACUUAUCGAAAUAAUAUGACAACAUUUUGAGAAAAAAUGAAGUAAAAAAUGAAUAAUAUGUUUUUCGUUUCUGUUCUCACAAAUGGAGUUUAAUUUAUUAUCUCUACGAGUAUUAUUGUCUACAGUUAGAAAUAUUUAUGAAAUAAAAUGUGAAUUGUAAAUAUGAA